AUGUUUUCAUUCGGCCUUAAAAAAAAAAAAAAGGAGGAGGACCAAUCCGCCGAGGAAAAAGCAAAUGAGGAGAACAAAAGUCCCGUAGAGGAGAAGAAUGAUAAGAAGGAACCCACCGACGAUGAUAAAGCCAAGGAAGAAGCGGACAAUGAGGAAAAACAGGUAGAUAGUAGGGCCAGAAAUAGGAGGACAAGAAAACCAGUUAGGAAAACAAGGAAGGGACAGAAGGAAGAGGAGGAAGUAAAGGAAGAAAAAGAGGUGGAAGAAGAGGAAGAAAAGGAAGGCAAAAAGGGUAAGAAAGAGCCGAAGGGUAAGAGGGGCAACGCCAGGAGGGGCAAAAAGGCAGCCGCAGAUGAGAAGGAAGAAGAGGACAAAAAGGAUGAGGAGAACGACGAAGCGCAGAAGGAGGAGGACGAACGGAAGAAGGAAUUAAAGGCUGAAGAAGAGUUAAAGGAUAAGGACGCCAAAGCAAGUGCCUUAACGCUGGAAAUUUUGGGAGAUAUCCCAGAUGCUGAUUUAAAGCCCCCAGAAAAUGUUCUAUUCGUUUGUAAGCUGAACCCCGUAACGGAAGAAGAAGAUUUAAAAACCAUUUUCUCUCGAUUCGGACCGAUAAUAUCGUGUAACAUUGUAAAAGAUAAGGUAACGAACAACUCUCUCCAGUAUGCCUUUAUCGAAUUUGAAAAAAAAGAAGACUGCCUAAAUGCGUACUUCGAAAUGGAUAACGUCAUCAUUGACGACAGGAGGAUACACGUGGAUUUCUGCCAGUCGUUAGCGAAAUAUAAGGGAGAAAUAAAAAACUGGAAAAUCGAAAAUAAGGCUGUGCUGGAAAAUAUUAAAAAAAGGAAAUUGGACCAAGAGGACACCAAAAGGAAGAGGGGGGGCAAAGGAACUGCCAACGCAACUGCCAACGCAACUGCCAACGCAACUACCAACGGAGAACUGAACGAAGAGGAAGAAGAAAACGUUCGGGUCUUCAAAUACGAAAGUGAUAACAGUAAGAAGGAGCAGGAAAAUGAUUCCAAUAAGGAGGAAAAAAAAGAUGACCCAAACGACACCGGGGAGAACAAUGCUGCCGAAAGUGGCAAGAACAACUACAGUAACGAAAAAUGGUACAAGUCCCCUAAGUACAACAAAAACAAUUUCAAUAGCUAUUCCAAUCAGCACCCCUACAGAAGGUAUUCUUACAAAUACAGAUAUAAUAAUAAUUACAAUACCCCCUACGGGAGGAACUUUUUCUAUCGCAAAAAUUAUAACGGCAAUUAUUAUGAUAAAUAUAACUACUAUGAUAAAGUAAGAAAAAAUAGCAUGUUCAACAAACGGAAUUAUUCUCCCAGGGAUGGUGCAGGACACCGAAAUGACGACUACAACAGUCGGUACAGAAGACAACGUAGUUACUCUUCAGACCAUUUGCAGAAAAAGGAACUAGAUAGGAGGGAUACUAGAAAAUAUGGCAGUAAGUCGAUGGAAAAAUCCCCCAAAAGAGGAGAACAUGAUAAGUAUAACUACCCAAGGGAUGGUCAUAGGGAUAGGGGAUAUUCAAAUGAUAAAAAUGCAGAUGACGCUAUGUUAAGAGGUGGGAAAAGAAUGAAUGGUAGGGGUGCCUCUACAUCGAGACCCGGUGAGCAUAGCCAUUAUAAGAAAGGCGAUUACGAAAGGGGAGUUGGCCAUGAUGAACACCAUUCCGGUUAUAAUUACAAAAUGCAGAGAAAAACGAACAGAUCACGUUCAUAUUCUGUGCACAUGAACGAUAAGGAAGAAAACAAGGGAUAUUCCAAACGUGAUGGAUAUAACAAUGAUUAUAACUACGAUAAGAAACGAAAAUACGGACAGUACGAUGGGGCAAACGGAGAUUACGAAAAACGAGGGGACGACGGUUACGCGUAUAAUAAUGGCUACCAUAAUGGUUCCUACAAUAAAAGGCUGAAAGGGUAUCCAGGUGACCAGGACGAUGAGAGGUAUAAGAAGGCCUACCCAAAGUAUUCCGAAAGGUAUGACAAAAAUUUCUACCCAAAGGAUGAGCGUAAGGAUUUUUACGAUAAGGACAACAAAUCGAAUAAGUACAAAAAUGAUGAAUACGGAAAGUACGACAGAGAGGCCUCUUACGAUUACAAGGGAGACAAGAAAAAAUACGGUGACAAGAAUGAGGAUUAUUAUAACAAGACAAAGUAUAGCAAAUACGACUCGUACGAACGGGAUGAUGGUAAGAAGUAUAAUAAGGAGAGCAAACCCUACGGCAACAACUAUAAGGACGAAAAGGGCUAUGGUAAGUACAAGGAUAAAACGUACGACCGGAGGGAUGAUAAGAACUACUACAAAGACAAUAAAUCAAGGCAAAAAGACGAUUACAAAUACGAUGAUUUAGACAAAGGAAAACGAGACAAAUCGUAUGAACGGAAAAACAGAGGGGACGAUAGCAGAGAUCGAAUGAAUGACAAAAAAAGUUACAACUACAAAGGUAAGAAGGGAAAAUAUGCCGACGGAAGGAAGGAUGAUGAUUAUAACAAUUCGCCCAAUACAAAGCGAGACAGAAAAAAUAAGGACAACAAAAAACGAAGAUCGAAAUCGUACUCCGAUGUAAGUCAUAACAGUUCUGCUAAAUAUGCGUCCAAAAGCAAAAAGCAAAAGAAGGAAAAAUAUUCUUCAAAGGAUAAAAAAAAGGAUAACAAGAAGAAAAAUUAUGACGAUGAUGACUACGAAAAGUAUGAUAACUCCGUUAGCGGUUCGAAAAAUUCCUAUUCAAACAAGAAGGACGAUGAAAGCAACUCCUACGUUCCCAAAUCGGAAUCUGCUAAUUCGGCUUAUUCGUGA